AUGAUUCAGGAUGACUUUAAACGCCCUUCUCCAUCACCCUCGCGCUGCUCGGUACGUAGUGAUAGCAGGGUACUACGUCAACCAAGAGUAAUUCAAGUGAAUCGCGAUGUCGCUACCAUGAUGGAUGAGCAAGCGAACUGUAUAUCUCGAAACGUCAAUGAACCCGAACCAAUUAUGAUAUCGGACUUUGAACCUGAAUACACGCCGCACUCCUCGCACUUUCGUUCGCGUACUUUUAGCGACGGCUUCAUACGAAAUACAAGUCUUGAGCUGUUACUAGGUGUGGACUGUGAAGCCUGCCUCGCCCUCGCCACCCAAAGACAAUGCUACAACGAGCAAAUAACAGAGAACGAUUUCGCACCAACAUGUAGCUGUAAUGUACAAAACAAUUUUAUUAAUUGCCACCGAGACACAAAUAAACGAGGCCAUACACUUAGCAUUUACGAUAUAGAGAGAAUGAAAAGAGAUGCGGGACGAAAUCACUUCAUUAAUGGAACCCACUGCAGUCUUGACAGGAAACAAAUUAAAAGUAAAAACGUUUCGAACUACAUUUCAAAGCAAUUUAUAUCGUACGAUCAAACGAGCACUAUCAUGCAGAAAAUAAAAAAGAAAUUAUCGAAUUUGAAAAGAAUCGGCGGAGAGGCGAUGUCGAAAAAACCACAAAACGCGGUGCAGUUAGCCGAGAUAACUUCAGGUUCGACGAGUUCACUGCGGAAGCUGUCGAUGUUAUCGCUCGUCGAUAAGACACAGCGGAAAACGAACAGCCAAACUCGUGUCUUUUCAUCCACCAGCUUGCAUUCCAAGAAUGACUUCAAGGAAAAUAAUAUAAAUACGUACGCUAAUUUUUCGUCAAAUGUAGACCAGUGUUUUGAUCGCUUGCGAGAUUGUAAUACGGAUUUGCAUAGGCUGCAGAAAAAUACCAACGCAAGACCGUUCAAUAAGAACGAAGAAAACAUCGCGAGAAAUUCGUCUUCGGUAAAGUUUUCUACGCUAGAUAAUAGAAGCAGAUGUAGAGGUAUUAGGCGUCAGAUGUCCUAUAACGAUUUUGCGACAGACCGAUACGCUGAUAGGUUAUCUGAAGCCUGGUCGCCAGAUGACAACACGCUCGGCUCGAAUAACACUAGAAAUAACAUAUCUGAAACCGAUCAGAGCUUUAGAGAGUCCGAUAGGAAUAUAGGAAACGGACACAGAUCUAUACACGCUCAAUGCACUUGUGACAGCGGUCGAACACAAAAGGUGCCCUCUCUGUUCUUUGACACGCAUGUUAAAAGAAAGGGGAUGCAGGCACCUGACGUCACAAGUCGUUCACAAACCGAGGUUUCGUGCAGUGUCUGUAAAUCAACGCAGUGGCUGCCGACUACUGCUUCCACCACAAGCCACAGCUCGACAACAACAGGGAAUUCUCGUUUAUCAGGCUGGCACCGACGCUGGUGUUGUGUAGCAAUAUUAGUGCUCGUAGCUGGCACAGCUUGCGUAGCGGGUCCGCUAGCUCUGCGCGCCCAACCCGGCGCUCCGCUCCACGAACGAUUACGUCUCGCAGAACAACUUCUACAUGAUACCCCACUUAUCGACGGACAUAACGACCUACCGUGGAACAUUAGAAAAUUCUUACACAAUAGAAUCAAGGAUUUCAGGUUUGACGAAGAUCUACGAACGAUAUCACCGUGGGCUACAAGCUCUUGGAGUCACACUGAUUUACCUCGAUUGAAGCAAGGUCGAGUGGCCGCCCAAUUCUGGGCUGCAUACGUACCAUGUGAUUCGCAACAUAAAGACGCAGUGCAACUUACCUUUGAGCAAAUAGAUUUGAUACAACGCCUGACUGACAAGUAUCAUCCCGAGCUCACGUUCUGUACAUCGACAGAUGAUAUUCUCGCAGCCCAUGUUAAUCACCGCGUUUGUUCACUUGUGGGAGUUGAAGGUGGCCAUGCCAUUGGAGGGUCUCUCGGAGUUCUAAGAACUUUGUAUCAAGUGGGAGUCCGUUACUUAACCCUGACAUCCUCUUGUGACACCCCUUGGGCUGAAUGUGCGUCGAUAGACCGAUCUGAGCCGUCCCUCAGAGGCGGUCUCUCGCCCUUCGGAAAGGUUGUUAUAAAGGAGAUGAAUAGAUUAGGAAUGCUAGUUGACUUGUCGCAUGUAUCAGAGCGGACGAUGCGAGAUGCUCUGACGGUGUCCAGGGCUCCAGUGCUAUUUUCGCAUUCGUCAGCUCGAUCCCUUUGCAACGUGACAAGAAAUGUCCCCGACACGGUUCUUCGCCUCCUCGCCGCUAAUAAGGGUCUCGUCAUGGUCAAUUUCUACACCUCCUUCCUAACAUGUCGCACGUCUGCUACUGUACAGGACGCAAUUGCGCAUAUAAAUCACAUACGGGAUGUAGCUGGCGUGGAUUACGUCGGGCUAGGUGCUGGAUAUGACGGAAUUAAUUAUACACCUCAGGGGUUAGAAGACGUAUCAUCUUAUCCGAUGUUAUUCGCUGAGCUGAUGGAAGCGGGCUGGAGUAUGGAAGACUUAAAAAAGCUAGCUGGUCUUAAUCUCCUACGAGUGUUAAGUGCUGCUGAAAAAGUUUCACGAGACCUAGCCUCAGCGCACGUUACACCAUACGAAGACGUGGCACCGCGAACAUUUGAUGCCCACAAUUGUUCUAGUCAAGACGUAUAA